AUGGCGCGCUGGAUCGCCGAUGUUGGCCCGGCUGGUGUGCCGCUGACGCUUGCGACAAUUCGCGAGCAUGUCGCGAACUUGGCACGCAGCAUGUCUCUGCCGCCGACCUUUCGGUGCUCCAUCGGAUGGGUCCGCCGUGCCUUGCGCCGCCAGGGUGUCAGGUGCAUCGCGUCGUGUGGCGAGGCGGCCGACCAGGACCUCGCCGCCGUCCGUACGACUCAGGAGAAGCUACCGCAGCUCCUCAUGCACCUCUCCGUGAGGCCGCGCGACACCUACGAUUUCGAUGAAACCGCGGUCUACAUUUCGGUGCUUCCUCGCAAUACUUAUGGCACGGGCCAAGUGGCGGGAAGGAAGGAGGCGAAAGACCGCCUCACCGUUGGCUUUCUCGUCAACGCGGACGACUCUCACUCCUUCCGCCCAUUGCUGAUCUCCAAGGCGAAGCGCCCGCACGACUUCCGCCCUGAUUUCGAUCCGGAGGAAUUUUGCUACUGGCGCAACAGCCCCAAAGGCUGGAUGACCAAAGCGGUGAGGUUUUAUCUUUUCACUCUCUUCAUCGAGCAGCUGAACGCUGCCAUGUAUGCCGAGGAUCGGCAUAUUGUGAUUCUGCUCGACAACGCGAGCAGCCAUGUCCUCACGUCGCGAGGCGCCACCACCGAGGAUCUAUUCGGGUUCCGCACGCGCUCUCUCUCGAACGUCCGCCUUGUGUAUCUCCCACCCAACACCACCUGCUUCACCCAGCCUCUCGAUCAGGGGCUCAUCGCGAUGGCGAAGGCGCGGUACCGGCAGCAUUGGCUCCGCGCCUUCACCGGCCGCUGGACUGCCGAUGGCGCAACCUCGCGCGUGGCUCGCUUCAAGCCCAACCUCCGCGACAUUGUGGCCUGGCUCAAUGACGCGUGGAUGAACAUCGCGUUGCGCACCAUCCAGCGUUGUUGGUGGCGCACCGGCUGCCUCCCGCGUGCGUGGGCCAUGGACCUCCCUCACGUGGGCGACGACGCGGUCGACGCAGGCCGAAAUGUGGACAUCGGCCUUGACGAGGAGAUCGGGGAUGUUGGCAUCCUCAUCGAUCGCCUCGGCCUCGGCUCAAGCGCAAUGCCGGCCGCGGCAUUGGUUGCCAUCGACGACAACCAGCCGACAUGCGCAGAGCCGGGCGAGGAUCCCCUCGCGACCGAGCCGCCAACCGCGCCUUCUGCGGAGAUGUGGGAAGCACCCGCCACCAUGGAAGCCGUGUACGAAGACAGCAACCCCGAGUCCCGCGAGGCACGGCACUACGCUCGGGCGGCCUCUGAGAUGCUCAUCGGCUACGUGAAGGCAACCGGCAUCACCCCGCGGGACUUGUGCGCGCUCUUCGACAUCCGCAACCCCAUCAUCAGGGCGCGUAUGGAGAGCGCCAGCCCGCCGAUUAAUCUCAACAUGAGCCCGCCGCUUGCUAUGCCCGAGGGCGCCACGGCACCGGCCGAGACACCUCGUCGGCGUGGCCGCGUCCUGCCGGCAUGGAUGACAGAGCCCACCCUAUCGUGGGUGACUGUGGCUCAGCAGGCGGCUCGCCGCCCGGAGCUGAUUGACGGCGGUGCGCCGGCCGUCAUGGGAGGCUACAUGGCAGCCGCCGAAUGGAUGCGCCUGUGA